AUGAUGCCUCCAACGAAAACUGAACUUCAGAACGAGGUGGGGAUCGGGAUCGGGAUUGGAACCCCCGAAAUGGAAGAUGAGUUUCCCAAGACCCUUGAUCUGGGCCAAACUUCAAACGCCAUCACAUCCGACAAUGCUAAUCAGAAACAUCCUUCGGACGAACGAGGCAACGGUGGUGGCAAGAAAGACCCAUCCGAGUUGCGGGCGGAACAGCCACAGAAACCAGAAUCCAUUACGCCUUUGACCGACACUCCAGGCGAUUCCGGAAAUGCAGUGCAGAGUAACAGUGCAGUUAUUCCUGGCUUAGAGCCUUUGACGCUCACAAGUAGUUCCAUGAACCCACUAAGGUUUAGUCGAGAGCAAGAACCAGGAGCAUUCCCGGUCGGUGGAACAGGUUUGACGUCAGCUCCCAGGAUUUCUAUGGAGCAGCAAGAUAACAAUGCUGCAAGUACUGCCAAUCCUGACGAUGCUGACACAGAUAACUUGGCUGUUGCCAGUAGGGUGGAAGAUUUGGAGCUGGACCAAGCCGUCCCUCAGCCAAGCGAUGCCGCAGCCGACUCUGCCAGGAAGCGAGAAGAAAGCAACAAGAAAAUCAAAAGGAAUAUCCUUCUUACAGCUAUUCUCCUCAUUGCCAUUGUUGUGAUUGUCAUCACAGUCACUGUCCCAGGAAAAGAUAAAUCUGCCACAAUGGAACCAACAGUAGCUCCUUCGGAAGCCCCAACCACUUUUCAAGCAUCGAUUCUCUCCCUCUUUCCUGAUGAGACCAUCCAGUCAAUUAUGGAUGUGGGGUCGCCUCAAUCCAGGGCCUGGCAGUGGCUGCUUGAAGAUAUCCAAUUGCUCUCCUUCUACAAAGACAAUCGAAUCAUCCAAAAAUUUGCCUUGGCAACACUCUACUAUGCCACUGGCGGUGACCAGUGGGCCAACAACACCCAUUGGCUCGAUCACAGUAUCAAUGAAUGCAACUGGUUCAACCAACGAGAAUUCAGCAGGAAAUCGGUAAUUGUCCAGUACUAUCCCGGUUACUUGGCUGGCUUCUUGGAUCCACUACCAGAAUGGCAUUGCAAUGAAGAUGGCUUGUACCAACACUUGUGGCUGGAUGGAAACAACCUUGUCGGGACAUUGCCAGCAGAGUUCUAUUUGCUCACAUCCCUAGUGUCGUUCUCUGCUGGCUUCAGUGCUAUGCAAGGGACAAUGAUCUCAACGGAGAUUGGAAAACUCACAGAGCUGGAAGGAUUUGUCAUUUCCGACCAGAAGGAUGGUGGCAGGAUCCCCUCAGAAAUUGGAUUGUUGUCCAAACUUGUUAUCCUUUCACUUCGAAACUGUCAGUUGGAUGGAACUGUCCCAAAGGAAAUUUGGCAGCUCACCAACUUGUACCAUUUUGGUUUGAGUGUCAACCGCCAGUUGCACGGGACGAUCGCCGAUGAGAUUGGAAACUUCAAGAAUUUGGGGUGGCUCAUCCUGGAUGGAUGUGAUUUUCAUGGAAGCAUCCCUUCUGAAAUGGGUCUAGUGCCAAAUCUUGAUUGGAUCACCUUAGGAAACAACAAAUUGACAGAAUUAGGGGAAUUGACAUCAUUAUUCCUGCUGUCACCUUGGGGGAAUCAGUUCACUGGGACGAUUCCGACAGAGCUUGGGCUCCUUUCUUUGCUCCACGAACUCGAGUUUCAAGGAAACAUGUUCACUGGUCGUAUUCCGAGCGAGUUUGGCCAACUCUCCUCUAUUGGCCAUCUCACAUUUGCCAACAACUCUCUUUCUGGCCAACUCCCAACGGAACUUUCUUUCCUACAGCCAACGCUCCAUACAUUGCCGUUGCAAGGAAACCCCAUGUUGUCUGGAACCAUUCCUGAUGGAGUUUGCAAUAUGAAUGGCACAUGUGUCAGCAGCGCCCAUGAUCGGUGCAACCCAGUGCGCCUGUCAGGGUUGUCUUUUGAUUGUUCAGAUCUGUUGUGUGGAUGUGGUUGCUCUUGUCAGGGUGGCAAUACCAGUCGUACAUAA